AUCAACCCCCCCCCCCCCUCCCCUCCCCCAAUAAACCUCUCCUCCUCCUCCUCCUCCUCCUCUCUCAUCUCUCUAUAACUCUCCCUCUCUGAGACUUUGGGGAAUUAAAGACAAAAACCAGAAAAUGAGCAACAUAAGCAUGGUGGAGGCAAAGUUGCCCCCUGGUUUUAGGUUCCAUCCCAGAGAUGAAGAGCUGGUCUGUGAUUAUCUGAUGAAGAAGGUGACUCACUCCAACUCCACUCUCAUGAUCGAAGUCGACCUCAACAAGUGUGAGCCUUGGGACAUUCCUGAAAGUGCAUGUGUCGGAGGAAAGGAAUGGUAUUUCUACAGUCAGCGUGAUCGGAAAUAUGCGACGGGGCUUCGAACAAACCGAGCAACUGCAACUGGGUAUUGGAAGGCCACCGGAAAAGACAGGCCAAUCUUUCGCAAAGAAACAACCCUAGUGGGUAUGAGGAAAACCUUGGUGUUCUACCAGGGUAGGGCUCCCAAAGGCAGAAAAUCCGACUGGGUGAUGCAUGAGUUCCGGCUUGAAGAUCCCUUUGGUUCUCCCGAAAUAUCUUCACUCAAGGAAGAUUGGGUUCUAUGCAGGGUGUUUUACAAAAACAGAGAACUGAUUGCUGCCAAACCCAGCAUGGGAUCGUCGAUUAGCUGCUAUGACGAUGAUACAGGCUCUUCGUCUCAUCAGCUUCCAGCUCUGAUGGACUCUUACAUCAGCUUCGAUGGACAAACUCAUCAACAGCAACAGCAACAUCACCAUGAUUAUGAGUAUCAACAUCAUCAGCAAGUGCCCUGCUUCUCCAUUGACACACUUUUCUCUCAAAACCAAGUGACUAUCAACCCAAUUUUCACCACUCAAAACAGCAACAUUAUGGAACAGAACGUACCCUCCACCGGCUGUGGCCAGUCGUCGAAUGCGGCGACAACUACAUUCCUUGACACUGCUAAUUUUUCAUGUGACAAUAGGAAGGUACUGAAGGCUGUUUUGAGUCAGCUUACCAAGAUGGAAAGCAGCUGCUACCCUAGCACACCGUCGUCGGUCUUGAAAGGCUCAUCACCACAAAGCUUCGGAGGAGAAGCUGCUGGAAGUAGUUCGGAUAACUACCUGUCUGAUCAUCAAGUUGGUAUGCCCAACGUUUGGAGUCACUAUUGAUUGAUAUUUGCUCCAUUUAUGUACGUAGAUUCAAACAAAUAUUCAACGAAUUAUAUUGUAAAGUCAAGUUUAGAAGUAUGCAUAUGCAUGGAAUUAGCAAUUAGUUUGCA